UUAAUAUAUAUUUUAUUCCAGCCCAAACCUUCAGAUUCCCUCUGGAUCUCCAGUCCAGCUGCCAGUCGGUGACGAUGGCUGCCACCUCACCCAAAGACAAAUAUUUGGCCGUUUGGAUGAUUUUCUUCAUGCUCGGUCUGGGAACAUUGCUGCCCUGGAACUUCUUCAUGACUGCUACCAUGUACUUCAGGAAUCGUCUGAAGGACCCUUUGCCCACUGAGGUUUCAGCCAAUCAGAGUGAAGCAGCAGGUGAACAUCAAAGUGUCCUAGAGACCAAAUUCAACAAUGUGAUGACGCUCUGCGCCAUGUUGCCUCUGCUGCUGUGCACCUGCCUCACCUCCUUCCUGCACGCCCUUUGCAGAAGCAAAGGAAACUCACCAUCAGUCACCAACGACUAUGAACUUGUUGCCAUGACAACUCCCAUCAUGGAGGUCCUGGAGAGACUCCUGCUGGCCCACCUGAGGAAGCAGGACCCCCUGCAGUCUGCUUAUCGCCACGGAGACGCCAUCAUCCACCUGCUAAUCAAAGCCGCUGCCACCUGGACGG